AGUACGUUUUUCUAAAAUCAUCAAAACUUAUUGUAAUAAAAUUUUGGAAAUAUACCUACAAAACGAAACUAACAAAUUCUUUUUAUUUAAAAAUUUCAAUGUAAAACGGAAGAAGUAACUCAUUUAGAAAUAUAUUUGCAAAAUCGUCUGUGUAAAAGAAUAGAUGUGGAAGAGGAAAACCAAAGUACUAGUGAGUUGAGAAUUACUAAUAUGGCACCCAUAAUCGAAAAGCGUGUAAUAAAACAUCAACAGGAGCAAACUCAAUCUUCAACGUCAGUGCUUAUAGAAGGUAAUGGCGGAUGUGGUGGAACAACUGCAAUUAGGGGAACAGCCCAGUCUCUUGUACGAACUGCCUUAAACCUCCAUGGCCAUAGUCAUGGUCAUCCCCACCACCAUCAUCAACAUGCCAAAGAAAAUGCUGCCAGCCAUCGUCUGAGUGGCAGCAAUACUAGCAGCAAGAAGGGCUUAGAAAUAUUAGAUUUUCAUGAAUCGUGGCGUGAAGAAGUGGAAAUGUAUAAAGAUGCAUUAUAUCUUAAAAAACAUAUUCCUCAACAAUUGCUCGGUUCACAUAAUCAUGCACAUACGCCACAAGGUUGUCAAUUGCAAAUGGCCAAUAGUGUUAGUGCCAAUAAAUGCUCACAUGUGUCAAAACAGCAUAACAGUAACAUCAAUAACAACAAUAACAACAACCCUGUUGCCGACAACAAUGUUGGAAAUCCAAUAACGUCAUCGUUAUCAUCAAUCGCAGCAGCCAGUGAGCAGGCGAGUUGCAGCGGUGCGAAUGUUAUUGGUAUUAGCGAUAAUGCAAAAAAAAGUAUUUCAUAUGAAAAUAAGUCACGAGUACAUGUGGCAGUAACGUUAGCUGAGGCAGCAGCAGAGUCUGGCGUUGGAAAUCAGAGACCACGAGAAGAGAUGCCAUCUAAAACGGCUAGUGGGACAAAAUAUCCCAACCCUCGAAAUGCCAAGCGUACAGGUCACAGCUCAUCGCCUAUCACUGACAAUAGUCAGAUAGCAAGUGGGGCACGCAAUAACAAUCACACAAAAACUAUAACUGCAGCUUCCAAUUCCAAUAGUAAUUUAAACACUUCUAGUUCUUCAUCUCCCGCUAAGAAUAAUACGAAAAUCAUUGUAAAUCAAUUCCACGCAAGUAGCCUGCUUAAUGGCCAUCAUUACGAUGAAAAAGAACAGAUUUUAACACAAAAUGGUUUAACCAGCCCACAAUCAUCGGUCUCCGCUUAUGAGGCGAGUUUUUACGCCGCCAAUUACUUGACACCUGAUGCACGAAAUAGUAAUAACAAUUAUAAUAGCCAAAUGCACGGUAUGAUACAAACAAGUUUGGGAGAUAAUUGUAAUUAUGUUGGUGUUUCUUUAGCAAACAGUGGCAGCAGUGACGCGGCGGCUCAUUCUAAAAUAAACGGUUUGGCAGAUGAUGAUCCUUGUGCCGCUAUUGAUGACGUUAACACAUAUACUGAUAGUGACUCAGAAGAGGAAUAUACCGGGGAUCCCUUUUAUCUUGCCGAAGAUGGCGCUGAAACACAACAAAGUAAAAAUAUACGUUAUCAAUCCAUUUUAGUUGGGGAGAAUACAGAAAAAAGUAAUGAAUAUACUGCAACCACUAGGACGUAUGAAUAUCAAACACCCCAGUGCAUAUUAUCGCCAAGUCUUUUUCCAAAUGUGCCUCCGUACUUAAAUUUCUCCUCUCAUGCAAAACCUGGUCCUGCCAUGCCACCACAACUACACAAAAUCUUAAAGUGGAAAUUAAGUCCAGUUAUGCCGAAAAUAGUUAAACGGGUCGUUUUAAAUUCGGGAUUUCGCAUUAUAAAGAACACCACCGACUGGAUGGCAGUUUGGGAAAAACAUAUGAAAAGUCCUGGUUUUCGAACAAUACGUUCACAUCAGAAAUACAAUCAUAUGCCAGGUUCUUUUCGCAUUGGACGGAAGGACAGCAUGUGGCGUAGCAUACAACAUAAUAUGAAAAAGUUUGGUAAUAAAGAGUUUGGCUUUAUGCAGAGAUCUUACAUUAUGCCAGAUGAUAUAGAAGAUCUAAGGCAAGUUUGGCCCAAAAACGCAUCAAGGCAAGCCAAAUGGAUCGUUAAACCACCAGCUAGUGCUAGAGGCACCGGAAUUAGUAUUGUAAAUAAAUGGUCCCAGUUUCCCAAAGAUAGACCCUUAGUAGUACAAAAGUACAUAGAACGUCCAUUGUUAAUAAAUGACAAUAAAUUUGAUAUGCGCAUAUAUGUGGUUAUGACCUCUAUAAACCCUUUACGUAUUUAUAUGUAUAAAGAUGGAUUAGCCAGAUUUGCCUCUGUUAAAUAUAGUUCCGAAUUAAAUAAUCUCGAUGAACGUUGCAUGCAUCUGACAAAUUAUAGUAUAAAUAAAUUUUCGGAAAACUAUUCGAAAAAUGAAGACGUCAAUGCUUGUCAGGGUCAUAAAUGGACAUUGCAAUCUUUGUGGUCUUGUCUGGAGGCACGUGGGGUUAAUACUAAACGCUUAUGGGCCACUCUACGUAAUCUUGUGAUCAGAGCUAUUAUAAGUGGUGAAGCUGGUCUUAAUCGCACAUAUCGGCAAAAUGUUAAUUUUCGUUACAACUGUUUUGAACUAUUUGGUUUUGAUGUUUUAUUGGAUGAAAAUAUUAUACCCUGGCUUUUGGAAAUUAACAUUUCGCCUUCAUUACAUUCAGAAUUACCCCUGGAUUUGCAUGUAAAAGGUCCUUUAAUACAGUCGCUUUUAAAUACAGCUUUGUAUCAGGUGCCCCCGAAAUUAAAUGAGAAAUUUCAGAAAGAGAUAUUAGAGACAUUGAAAUUAAAAGCUCCUCUCUGUCAUGAUAAACGCAUUUUUACCACUUGUCUUAGAAAUGAUGAAAUUCGUAAACAUAAUCACUUUACGAACCGUUCUAUAGAAUAUCGUGAAGAAUAUUUAGAUGCCAUAUUGGAAAACCUUAAUCCGGAUGAUGUAAGAUGUUUGUUGGUAUCGGAAGAUGAACUAAAUCGUUGUAGCCCUUUGGAACGUAUAUUUCCAACGCCAGAUACUCAUAGGUAUUUGAAAUUUAUCGAACAUCCUCGAUACUAUAAUCGGUUAUUGGAUGCGUGGGAAAAUCGUUAUGGACAUUGUCGUGAGAAAGGUAUUGAGUUGUUGCGAAGUUAUUGUACGGAUAAUUAUCAUUUACAAGUAUCAGAUGCAGCACUAGAAAAGGAACCCAAAGUUACCCUAACAGAAAUUGAUAUGUUACAUGUUAAAAAACCCGAUGAGCCCGUUGAUGAUGACACAUCGGCCCUAUUGUCAACCAACACCGAUGACAUUGCCCAAAAUAGAAUAGACUCCGAGCCAACCAUUUCAAGCACACCAACCGCUAACGAAACACAAAACGAUAUGUUUAAUUCUGUUGAUGAUUUUUUAGACGAAUCAAAGUAUAAUAAAAGUAAGCAAAUUUAUACUUCAAAUCCGAAUCCGAACAUAAAUCAAUCAAGAACUAUUCUUUAGACAAUUUAAAUUUUCUCUUUUUAGGAAUCUACUGGUAAAUCUAAUACUGAAAUUAAAGUUUCGUAAUGUUUAACUGUAAUGGCGAACUACUUUAUACUCCUAUAUAUUUUUAUUACGUGAAUUUUUACAAUAUUUAAUAAUUAUGUAUAUAUAUGUAUAUAUAUAUGUAUUUCAAAUUCUACCCGUUUAUAUAGGAGAAAGUCGAAAUUAAUUAAAGUAUAAAUAAAAAACGUGUACAUAGCUAUGUAUGUUGUAAAAAAUAAA